AUAAAAUUAUGUGUGAAAUUGUGGGAAGUGGUGCAUCCGACCAUCGAAAACGAUUGUUGGCCCUUCUUGAGAAGGUGAAGAACAUGAAGCCGGCAACUGACCCGGAGGAAGUGGAACGUGCUCCGGAUGAGGAAGAAAAGGGGCGCAUAAGCAAAAUUGCUGCGUGCAUCCGGGUUUACAACCUUUUAGGGAAAAUUGGAGGAGAAAGGGGGUUUCUGGUGGAGUUUGGCGACUGGGGGCGGGCGCCUGUUCGUCAGGAUGACCAGGCGCUUUGGCGGCUGGACCCGGCCAUGCGGGGCAGUGGCCCCAAGAAGCAAUACUCUCGCAGCCAAUGGCACCAAGAGUACCGUUGGUGCGAGAGUACCCGGGGAUACGUCUGUCGUGGUUUCUGGGCUACUGUGAGUAGACUUUCACUUCACACCAUCAGCUCGCCUCUAAAUUUUUAUUUUAUAUGUUUCUCUUUUCUCUCUUUUUUUUUUUUAGUCUAGAUUUGCUGA